AUGAAGAUGAUAGAGGAGAUCCAGGGCCCCGAUGGCCAGCCUGGAUACCAACAUGUCCUGAAGCUGGCCACGGCCCUGGUGGAAGUCAGGAGCCUUCAGGGGCUCUCAGACACCAGGGUAGACAGACUCAUCCUGCUCUGGGAUCGCCUGCCAGAGCAGGACAAGCGGAGAGUUGUCUACCCUCCCAGACACCGGGAGAGGCUGCACACGGGGCGGUUCAAGGCAGCCAAGGGGAAGAACACCUCCUGUCCUGGGAAGGAGAGUCUCCAACGCUGCCUGCUCGGACAGACCUCGGGCCCUGCAAGCUGGCCCAGCACCAGCCGCCUGGUGGAGGCCAUUUGCAGCCAGCUCUGCCGUCUCCACCCCGCAGCCACGCGGUUCGGGGGGACCACAAGGACUCGGUGGUCCCUCAUCCUCUCGGACUACGUGGCCAUUAGAGAGGCAGUGCUGGCCAGCCCGAGGUUGAUGGCUCAGACAGACAUCCAGCUCUUUGAGCUUAAUCAAAGGACCCUGUCCCAGUGGUGAGUUUCACGCAAACACAUUCUGUUUGUUGUGUAAUCUGAACUGUGACUGAAUUCAAGACACUAAAAACUGUCUGUGUUUGUCUGUCAGGUACUGCCGGAGGCAGAAGAGAGGGGGGAGGCUGUGCUGGAGCAGGGGACAGGCCUCGUCUCUGCUCCAGCCGUGUCGGCGCACCUCUGCCUCCGGCAAAAGGGCUGUCCUGUGUCCAGGUGGGACAAGGGUCCUUUCAUUUCCACGUCCCAGAGGAGCAGCCUGGGCCCUCAGGGCAAGGACUGCCGCCCCCUCCUCCAGGCCACACUGUGGACCAGCCCGGGACCUCAGCUCUCCCUCGUCCUCCUCCUCCAUUCGCCCCUACCACUCGGCGUCUUACCCCUAUUGCUCCUCGUCCUCCUCCCCAUCUCGCCCCUUCCGCUCCGCCUCCUCCUCCACUCGCCCCUGCCACUUGGCGUCUUCCCCCGCUUGCUCCGCGUCCUCCUCCUCCACUUGCCCCUGCUGCUCCGCCUCCUCCUCCACUCGCCCCUGCCGCUCGGCGUCUUCCCCCGCUUGCUCCGCGUCCUCCUCCUCCUCCACUUGCCCCUGCUGCUCCGCCUCCUCCUCCACUUGCCCCUGCCGCUCAGCCUCCUCCUCUUCCUGGAGCGCAGCGGGUACCCAGGACAACAGCCUUCAGGAAGAGGAAGGCGGCCGAGGCUGUAGCGGCAGGGGAGUCAAAGUCAAAGGCCCGUCGGCAGUCGGCACAGUACACCUGCAGCAGGUGUGGCCA